AUGUCGUUCAACAACAAUAGAUUCGGUAUUCUUACCAAUUGGAAACACGCCUUGUUCUUGCGUCGCGUUGAAACUCCCAAUCGCAAGACCCUCGAAUACUUCUUGCUGGAACUAAACAGAGAUGGCCGACCACUUUCGAUGCUCAAAGCAGUGGUUGGCAUGGUGUUGCUUGCGGAAAAUGACUGGUUUUAUGCAUCCCCUACUCCAUCCUCUGUCCCUGAUGGUCAACUCUUUGGUACCACCUUGCCUGCCUAUAAGAAGAGGAGGGAAGCAGUUGCCGUUGCUCAUGAAUAUGAUAUGCGACCCAUCAAUGGUGCAUACCCAUGUCAAGCUAUUGACUUUCGCAUUAUUCGCUUCGAUCUCAGCUCCGCUCGCCGUGGAGCGAACGGCUGCACAGUAUUUCUAUCUGGAUUCCGUUGGGAUUGUGAUAUCCCUGUCGUCUGCAAGGUUGUCGACGCCUUGCAAUAUCCUGAUGCCGCAGAUUAUCUAGAGUCUGAAGCUCGCGUCUAUGCAGCUCUGCGAGAUCUCCAAGGCAAAGUGAUUCCCAAACUCUAUGGAUUCUAUCAAGUUUGGGGAAUACUGAAGUUACUCGCACUCGAAGAUGUCGGUGAAGCCAUAUCUGAAAAUGAAGAAAUAAGCCAGGGACUUCGCGACAAGAUGAGGGCCGCUCUCUGGCGCAUUCACGAUGCCGGUUAUAUCCACGGCGAUAUCGCGCGUCGUAACUUUUGUAUGAAAAAGAACGGUGACGUUUUCUUAGUUGACUUCGAGACUUGUCGACUUUCUGUGGACCCACUUGAGCUGGUUGAUGAGAUGGAGCAGGUAGACAUGUUAUAA